CCACAGAAACCAGAAAGAAUUAUCGAAGCCUAUCCAUACACUUCCAGUUCGAGCUCCGGUUCCGGUCCUUCUUGCUCGGCGGGUUAAUGGCAAUAAGCAGCUGUUCCUGUUCGCUGCCAUUGUGGCCGGGGCAUUUCGAUCCUGGGAACGUCGCGAAGGCUAGAACUGAUUUAUCAUUCGUCGUCAGAAACAAUGCGGAUAAACCCAGGAACUGCACGGUCGAGCCUAGGCCGGACUUGUUGAGCACCACGACCGGACGAAGAGGAGCUAUCGGGAUGGGGUUAGGCCUCGUAAAGCUCGUUGCCUGGCAAUCCUGGGUUUCAGGAGCAGCGGAGACGGCGCCGUGCGAGCUGACAGUGGCGCCUUCGGGGCUCGCCUACUGCGACAAAGUGGUGGGCACCGGGCCUGAGGCUGUCAAAGGACAGCUCAUUAAGGCGCAUUAUGUCGGGAAAUUGGAGAACGGGAAGGUGUUCGACAGCAGCUACAAUCGCGGCAAGCCUCUCACUUUCAAAGUCGGGGUCGGCGAGGUGAUCAAAGGGUGGGAUGAAGGCAUUUUAGGUGGGGAUGGAGUGCCGCCAAUGCUUGCUGGGGGAAAACGGAUUUUGAAGCUGCCUCCGGAGCUCGGCUACGGCAUGAGAGGAGCCGGCUGCAAAGGAGGAUCAUGUGUCAUUCCGCCGCAGUCUGUGCUCUUGUUCGACGUCGAGUUCAUCGGCAAGGCUUGAUGAGGCGCAUGCAUCACCGGAAGUUAUCACAAACACAGAGGGGUGUGGAGAUUUUUUCUUGACAUGUAAAUUGGGAUCUAGGAGUGAUGCCAUGCCAGUUUCUGUAAAGGCUCUUCUAUGGUCUUGCUUCACUUCAUGUUCAUACACCCGAACUCUUCAUGUCUUACAUCUGCAGACUCGAGAACAUAAGUAAUUGUCAUUGGCAU